AUGCGACCGGAGCAGUGUGACACGUACACGGAGCUGUCCUCAGCCCCACGGGAGACGAAGGUAAUAUGCAAAUAUUUCGCCACGGGGGGCUGUAGCCGUGGGGCGGCUUGUGCCUUCUCUCACGUUCUUAACCAAAACGCACCUGAAGGUGUCGAUGCUUCGCGUGGCUUCUUUAUAUGUGGAAAUGUUGCCAACUUCGGAAGAACCACGGCGUUGCCAACAACUCAAUCCGUGCUGUCGUUGCCACCGAGUACAACACCGGAGGACUCUAGUAUCCUCGUGGAGCAGAUGUGUGCUGGUGCUCAACAGCUCCACGCACCAACGGCUGAACCUAAGUUAACACCCACAAUCCCUUCACUCCCAACCAUUGUUGAUGCUGGAACGGCUCGAGCAACUUACAGCAGUAUUCCGCCUGAAAGGUCCCUAAUCUGCUGUGAGGAGUCGUGGAUGCCGCAGCAACGACCCCUGGUGCCACUGAAUCACAGUCCUGUUGUCCACUUUGUUGCACCGCCGCCUGCUAUGGCGUUUUAUCAUCCAAUGCCGUACGUAUUGGUGGGGCAGGUUCCUUUGGGGUACUCUCUUCAGGGAAGCACCGUGAACAUAACCCGUGCGAAUUAG